AUGGAUGAAGGAAUAGUAACACUGUGGUUGGAUCUGGCAUCUCAUACGCUUCAGAAAGCUCAAAAGAUUUGCACAUUAGCACAAAAGCUGCUCCAAGUUACCAGCCAGAAGUUGAGUAUACAAUUACCGGACCAGUUGGAAUAUGCUGACUAUAUUGCAGAAAGUUUGAAAAGACAGCAACAAAUUGUCCAUACAGUAGUGGAGUCACUACAAAGCAGAGUGGAGAACAUGAAUAGACAUUGGAAUGAGCAAAGGACGAAGUUGCUCGAGCCAGCUAUAAAGGAGCUUGAUAGUAUCCUCGCUCAGUUGCAAAAGACAAAGGUGCCAUCUUACCUUGUAGAAGGAGAGUCGAGCGAAGAGGAGAGAGAUUUGAGAGGGUUCAUAUCGCUUGAUGCGAUUGAUUUGCUUAAGGAGAAUAUACGCAUAUACCAGAGCAAUUGUAGAGGUGUGAUGACAUUAAUCCUGGAACAGCUUCAAGAGAACAUCAUAGAGAAUUAUCUGGUUUCAACAAAGAGAUACAAUAAACUUUUAAAGCAGUAUAAUGAAGUGGUACCUGUUUAUUUGAAUGUCAAGCAUAAGACUUCAACCUCACCAUUUGAAAUUACCAAUCUUAUAAACUCUAUAUUGAAGGAAAAUGUUUCACUAGAGCACGAGUUAGUUAGCAUCUUAAAGAUGCUUACAAACCACUAUGAUCAAUGUUCUCAAGGGGUUCAGCUUUUUAAACAGGGAAAAUCUGCAGAAAUCGAUUUGAAAGUCCUUGAAACGGACUCAUUAGAGUUGCCUGAUGUUCUUAAGGAAUUAACUACUGUUUAUGACAUAAUUGUCAAUAACGAAGCAAGAGCGCAAAAGUUUUUGCAGUCGACUGCCACGUCGAUGGAGUCUUCCAUUUCGAUGAUUAAAGUGCAAUUAGCGCAAUAUCGCUCUUUCAAAUCUAUCCAUGUAUUUAGAUUUUUGAUCUUAUUUUCCAGAGGUCAAGAGAUACUAAAUAAUUGUUCCUUGACUGACGGAACUAAUUCUUCAGCGAUAGAGAUCUACUCCAAUACCAUAAGGCAGCUUGUGUACCAUUACACCCAAUUUUUCCAGGUUUAUAAAACAAAAUAUCUAGCUGAGUUACACCAUGAACAGUAUAUCUAUCCUCGAAAGUUUUUCAAAAGGUUGACGGAUUUUCUUAAUCAUGACCUUCAGACUCUCCAACAAGAAGAAGCCGAAAGAAGAAGGAAAUGGCUUUCUAAAUACGGGGAUUUCAUACCGAAAGAAUUCAAAUUGCCUGGUGAAUAUAAUCAGCCAGCUAUUUCUCAGGUGAUAACCGAAGGACUUGACGAUAUUCAAAAGUUAUUUAAGGAUGGGACAUUUGCAGAGGACGCUAAUGAAAGAAAGCUUAUAGAGCUAAUGAUGGCAAUGAAAUCUCUAAAGUAA